CCAAAAAAAAAGUUAGUUCACAUUAUAAGUUUUUGAGUUUUUCUUAAUUCUACCCUAAAGUUUCCUUUUGAUCAAUUUCAACCCCUUCUUUGUUCAUCCUCUGUCUUGUCUUUCUAAAGAGUGUUUCUUGAUUUCAUCAAUGGCGGCCAUAGACAUGUUCACAAGCAACAAAGAUCUCUAUUUCAACUCUCUCAUAGAAACUGCUCCAAUUUCUUUCCGUGAAUCCAACGCAAGCUCUGGUUUUAACCAACCUAAGCCUCUCGGUCUAAACCAGCUCACACAAUACCAAAUUCACCAGAUUCAGAACCAGCUUAACCAUAGACGCACCACCACAAUCUCAAAGCGAAUCCGAACGAAGAGCUUCUCACCUUCUUCUUCCUUCAAAACCAAGAAUCUCUACAGAGGCGUAAGGCAAAGGCACUGGGGAAAAUGGGUCGCUGAGAUACGUUUACCCAAGAACCGAACCCGUCUCUGGCUCGGAACGUUCGAAACCGCUGAAAAAGCUGCCUUGGCUUACGACCGAGCCGCUUUUCAGCUCCGUGGAGAUAUCUCGAAGCUUAACUUCCCGAACCUCAGACACGAAGACGUUAAUCCCCUCCCUUCCUCUGUCGAUGCCAAGCUCCAAGCUAUUUGCAAGAGUUUGAGAAAAACAGAGGAAGCUGGCUCUGUUUCGGAUCAAACAGAGGAGGAGACUUGCUCUGUUUCAGAUAAAACAGAGUUUUUCCUACCAAAAACAGAGUUUGUCCUGCCAAAAACAGAGCAUUUCGAGUUCUCCGAUGUGUCAUCAAGAACCGACAAGAGCUCGAGUUCGAAUAUAACAUUCCUGGAUUUUUGGGACUCUGACUUUGAAAAGACAGGGAGCUUCGGGCUGGUGAAGUUUCCUUCGGUGGAGAUUGAUUGGGAUGCAAUUAGCAAACUGUCCGAUUCUUAAAGUCUGUUAUUUUCUGUUAUUUUUUCUUCUGCAACUAAAUUUUUUCACAAGUAGCAGAGGAUUUGGUAACACAUUAGUGAACCGAAAUUAGGAAUUUAGCACGCUGCAUGCAUGCAUAAGAAAUAAAAUAACAUUCAAACAGUUUUAUUUUUCUCGCCAGUUAAACAUGUUUCAAUCCUCUGAGUGAAGAUAUCUACAAGUUCGUUCAUUAUACAUCUUUGGGCACGUUAAUUAAAGAUGUUCCUACUCCUAUUCAUCGAAUAAUGUAAUGUUGCAUCAAAUAAAGAUCAAGAAACUCUAGAUUGGUAAGUUGGGGAAGCCGCCAAGAACUUGGUCGUUGUGCCUCUUGUAGAACCACGACUCUUUCAUUUGUCCCUCAUCCCUACAUAGAGAAUCAUUUUUGCGCUUAUUUUGGUGUUCGGAAUGGCAUAGUGAGGGACAAACACUCGAAACAGUCUUUUAAAGAAGAUAUACCUUUGGGCCGUUGCGGUCAGCUAGCACCUAAAUCAAAAUCCAAGAUUUGAUGAAAUAUAUAUAAACCAGGCCCAAAGGAUAAGUAAUUGCUAAAGGGGAUUAAUACUGU